AUGGAAGGACAGACCAGAGGGAGCAGAGGCCUUCUGGAGAAGCCCCUCCCUGCCACCACCAGUCCCACCCUGUCCUCACUGGGCGCCGUGUUCAUCCUCCUGAAGUCCGCCCUGGGUGCCGGACUGCUCAACUUUCCCUGGGCCUUCUACAAGGCAGGAGGCCUGGUGCCCACCUUCCUGGUGGCACUGGUCUCUUUGCUCUUCCUGAUCAGUGGCCUGGUCAUCCUGGGCUACGCAGCCUCCGUCAGCGGCCAGACAACCUACCAGGGCGUGGUCCGUGAGCUGUGUGGGGCUGCCAUGGGGAAGCUGUGUGAAGUCUGCUUCCUGACCAACCUGAUCAUGAUCUCUGUGGCCUUCCUCAGGGUAAUCGGGGACCAGCUGGAGAAAUUGUGUGACUCCCUCCUGCCCGACAUCUCACAGCCCUGGUAUGCAGCCCAGGACUUCACUCUGCCCCUGGUAUCGGUGCUUGUCAUCUUUCCCCUGUCAGCACUUCGGGAAAUCGCCUUCCAGAAGUACGCCAGCAUCCUAGGUACCCUGGCUGCUUGCUACCUUGCCCUGGUCGUCACCGUGCAGUACUACCGAUGGCCCCAGGGCCUCCUGCGCCAGCCCCGCCCUUUGCUUAGCCCGCCCCCCUGGACCUCUGUGUUUAGUGUCUUCCCCACCAUCUGCUUCGGAUUCCAGAGUCACGAGGCCGCAGUAUCCAUCUACUGCAGCAUGAGGAACCAGAGCCUCUCCCACUGGGCCCUGGUCUCUGUGUUGUCCUUGCUGGCCUGUUGCCUUGUCUACUCGCUGACAGGGGUUUAUGGCUUCCUGACCUUUGGGACCGAAGUUUCUGCUGAUGUCUUGAUGUCCUACCCCGGCAAUGACACAGCCAUCAUUGUAGCACGUAUCCUCUUUGCUGUCUCCAUUGUGACUGUCUACCCCAUUGUGCUGUUCCUGGGGAGGUCUGUAAUGCAAGACUUUUGGAAAAAGAGCUACUGGGCCACACAUGGUCCUCCAGUACUGGCUGACCCCUCAGGGCCAUGGGUUCGACUGCCACUGACCUUCCUGUGGGUGUCAGUGACACUCGUGAUGGCCUUGUUCCUGCCGGACCUCAGUGAGAUCAUCAGUAUUAUCGGUGGCAUCAGCUCCUUCUUCAUCUUCAUCUUCCCCGGUUUGUGCCUCAUCUGUGCUGUGGACACCGAGCCCAUGGGACCAAGAGUCAAGCGCUGCCUGGAGGCCUGGGGCACCCUCUCCGUGCUGGUGGGCACUUUCAUCUUUGGACAGAGCACAGCUGAGGCCGUGUUGGAGCUGCUCUGAGAGGCCUUUGGGCUCCGGCCUGAGGACCCUGUGGAUUCUUGUCCUGCCUGCUGGCUGCCUACUGAGCUGUGCUCCUCCUAUGGCUGGCUUCUGGGAUCCUGGUGAGGAAGGGCUUCUGUGACAAGUUACCACCAGCCGGUGACUCAGGACAAUCGGUACUCAUGCUACUGAGAGCUGGAGUGUUAGCUAGAGUGUGUGUGCCCCAGAAGGCUCUGGAAUGCUCCUUCCUCUGAUGGUCGCAAGAGGUCUUUAGUGUUCCUAAUUUGUAGAUGUGUCAUUCAAGUCUUUGUAUUCAUGGUUACAUGAUCAAUACCUGUCCUGUGUGUCUCUGUUUAAGUUUCCCUUUACCAAGUAGGAUGCCAACUACCCAGGCUGGGCCCAUCUCAAGUUAGGAAGCUCUUUUCUGCACGGGCUGUGCCCCCUUUUAGUUACUGAGGAUGUGUGUCUUAGUUACUGUUCCAUUGCUGUGAAGAGACACACACAUGCUCAUGGUAAGUUACAGAAGGGUUCGUUGCAGGCUUACAUUUUCAGAGGGUUAGAGUCCAUGGCCAUGGUGGCAGGGAGUUUGGCAGUCAGGUGCUGGAGCAGUAGAUUACAUCCUUAUCCACAAGCACAGGCAGAGAGAACACACUAGGAAUAGUGUGGACUUUUGAAACCUCAAAGCCCACCUCCAACAAGGCCACACCUCCUAGUUCUUUGCAAACAGUUCCACCAACUUGAGACCAUGCACUCAAACAUAUGAAUCUUUGGGGGCUAUUUUCAUUCAAACCACCACAUUCCCUCCCUGACCCCAUAGGCUUGUCGUUAUAUCAUAAUGCAAAAUGCAUGCAGUCCAAUGUCAAAAGUCCAUUAUUGGGGUUUGACUUAAGGUUAUAUGAGGAUAUAGUGAAAUUGUGACACAGCCAUGGGAACAUCCAAUGUUGAUAUUUCUCAAGAAGUAAAUUUAGAAUUCCAACAAAUGUGACAAGGAACACAGGAAUGCCUGUGACCUUCCUAAGUUUCUAGAGAAUGGUAAAUGAUGUUCCCACACCUCAGACAGUUUUCUAAAGACAAAUAACAUCGUUGUGCUUUACAUAACCUUGAACAUGCUAGGCUGUAAGGCAGGUUUUUCUGCAACUAUAAACUCACUUUGUUACCAAAGGAGCUGUAAAAAUAAAAAUGAGCCUUGUCGUGCAAAUUGCACUCAAGUGCUUGGCUGCCUUGAGUCCCUGGCUUCUCCACUUUGGUUCUUGCGGACAACAUCUCCCACCACAUUAUUUUUUCAUUCUCAACAGUUUAAAAGUCCAAAGUUUCUUCUGAGCCUCAUCUCUUAUACAACCCCCUGCAUACUUCCAACACACAAUGGCCCAGCAUAUACACUACUAUUCCAAAAGGGAGGGAUAGGGACAUAGUGGGGAAAUAUGGACCAAAGCAAGAUCGAAACCCAUCGGGGCAAACUCCAAACCCUACAACUUUAUGUCUGAUGCUAAAGGGCUUAGAUGACUCUGCUCUUCCAGCUUUGCCAACAACAACACACUUCUCUCUCUUGGGCUGGUUCCACUCCCUGCACACAGCUCUCCCUGGCAGACACCCAUUACUUUGACACCACCAACAUCUUGUGGUCUCCAGACAGUCCAGGCUUCUUCAUCUUCACAGCUCACGUGAUAGCCUCACAGGGCUUCCAUGCAGAAACUCCCCUGCCAUACACCUGGCCUUUCACAGAGGGAGAUUCCACAAUGCAUUUGCUUGCCUACUCCUGUAUCCUUCAUGACUCGAAAGCCAAAAACCGCACAACGGAUGCUGCCAAGUUCUGCUGCCUACUUGGAAUGGAGUCUGGCCCUCUCUGUGAAUUACAUUUCAUAAUCUUUGAUUUGUUGAUGCUUUUUAGGAGCAGAAAACCCUUCAGGCCUCUUCCUUUCACAAGAGGCCUGAAGGAUUUUCUGCUCCUAAAAGCAGGAUUAUCUUGGUGGGGCCUCACCCUGAGGGUACCACUUCCUUUAUUCCAGCCCUCCUUUUCUCUUUCAGCACAACUCACAGCUCCAACAUUGAAUUUCCCAAUGCCCUUUUUCUCCUCAAACUGUAUAUUUUGUAUUCCUUUUUGUCCUUUUUGCUUUUUGUCAUUGUAUACCUGCAUAAGAGUGAUCACUAACAACCGUGGGGUAGACCCAAUAUUGGGCUGUCUUGAAAUCUUCUCUGCUAAUAAAAGUAAUCUGAAACUCUUCAA